UCCAAUAACAUCUGGGGACCCACACGUUGAGAAUCCCUGCUCUAAAUGAUCAAGAAGCAGCUGGUGGCCUCCAUCAAGGCCCUGCAGAAACAUUAUGUAACCUCUGAUGCACUCGUAACCAGUGAUGAUGGGGACGCCAACACCCUCUGCUGUGCUCUAGAGGCUGUAUUUGUGCAUGGAUUGAAGGCCAAGCACAUCAAACCAGAGUCUGGAGCAAAAGGAAGAAAAUUUGGGGGGCAUCUACUCCUUCCCCAACCCCUUUUCUGGACCCUGCUAAAAUCUAUCACCCACAGGGCUCAAGCCAAUAUCGAAUCACAGCUAUAAGGAGAGCUUCUGCAUCCCUCACGUCUUGCUUCACUGAAAGAAGCGGAGCCGUUUCAAUCCAGCCUCUUUUAAAAGUCACUUUAAACCAGGAAUGCUGGUUCCUUAUUUAUAUUACAUAAGAGGGGAUGGGUCAGAGAAGGUAUGGGGGUACGGCUCAGAGAAACCACAUACCCUGAAAGCAUGAAGAUAACGAGAUGGGAAAUGAAGGCCUUUUGGAAAGCAGAAUGUAUUCCUCAAUGCAGCUGCAAUAGUUGUAUUUACACCAAAGCUACUAUGCUAAGCCAAUUGGCAAUAGUGUGAGCCUUUCCGACUGAUUAUUUAUUAAUGCUACCAUAUUUGAAAUAUUAUUUAUUACACCUGAACUCUUGUGUGUCUCAUAUGGGUUUUAAAAAUUGUAAUAUUAAAGUUGGGUGGAAUGUUUAUUUAAUGAUUUGCCAAAGAA